AUGAACAGUUCAGGAGAUCAAAUUGAAAAUGCUGAUAAAAAGAUAAAAUUAAUAAAGGGUGAAAAUGAAAAAGAAGAAUUAAUCAGUGUAGAAAAUCGAUUUUUAAAUGAUGAAAAAGAUGAUCAUAUAAAAGAUGUUAAAGAAUAUAUAAAUAAUGAGAAAUCAUAUAUAAAUAGAUUAAAUACAUAUAAUAAAUGGAUAAAUAAGCCUGUACAUUUAUGUUCGCUAAUAUUAGCUAGAAAUGGUUUUGUAUGCAAAAAUGAAUCUACUAUAGAAUGCGAAAUAUGCCAAUGUAAAUAUAUAUAUGAAAAAGGAACAUAUUCUAUGUAUACCAGAAUAAAUGAUUUAUGUUUAUUGCAUACUGAUAAUUGUCUAUGGAAAAAUAAAUUAAUAGAUUUAUCAUUUUUUAAACUUGACAGUAAUUCAUUAGAUCGAGUAGAAUUACUUAGCGAAUAUAAAAAUAAUUGUGAAAUUCUUAAACGAUCUUUAUUAUAUAUACCUAUGAUAAAUAUAAAAAAAACAAUUAACGAUAUAAUACUAGUUAUUAAAAAGCAUGUACAGAAUGAUAAAACAAAGAAAAAGUUUACAAUUUUUAAUUCAUAUCUGGAUUUUUUUAAAAAUAACUUUAUUCCAAUUUUUUUAAAGAAUGAAAAUAUUAUUCAAAAAUCUAUUGAUUAUAUAAAAAAAAAUUAUAAAGAUAUGGAAAAAUAUAUAGUAGAUUCAGAUUAUAUUAAAAAUUUAAAUUUCAAUUUAUUUAAUGUGAAUAAUUUUAUAAAUAUAUUGUCUGAUACAAGCGCAGCUCCAGAACUAGAAAAUGAAAAAGAAGACAUAAAUGCUUAUAUUAAAAUUAUGCAUUAUUUAAGAAAAUAUGAAUAUGAUGAUAUUAAUUUAUUUAAAGUUAUUUCAUUAUUAGGAUGGACAUGUAAAGAUGAAAUUAAAAAUAAUUCUAAAGAACAAAUUAUUUCAUGCAAAUACUGUUAUAGAGAAGUAAAUAUUUCUGACUAUUCAUAUUUUUCACUAAAUGAUAAAAAAUACAAUUUAUUCAUAGAAGUUGAUUCGAAUGAUAUGGAUUAUUUUUUAUCUGAUCCAUCAAAUAAUAAAUCAAUGAAUCAAGACAAAAAUGAAAAAGCGACAAAUAUAAUUUUGGAUAAAAUACUAACUAUAGUAAAUGGGCAUUUUGAUGAAGAAGGGGAAAUAAUAUACGACGAAAUAGAAAAGCAACUAUAUAAGAAUGUUAAUAAAGAAGAUAAAGAUAAGUCAAUAGAUAUCAGCAAAAAUGAGAAUAAAAUUGUGGUAGAUGCAGAAAAAAUAGAACCCAUUAAUGAGAAGGAAAAUGUCAGUGAAGAGAAAGAAAACAAGAAUGAGAAUGAAAUAAAACAUAAAGAAUCAUUUUCCUUUAAAUCUACAUUGAAAGGAAUAUUUCUUUCAAAAAAAACAAAUGAUAAUUUAAAGGAAUAUAAGAGUAAUGAUAAUGGAUUAGAAGGUGAAAAUGGAAAAAAUAAUAUUGAAAUAAAAGAUAAUGAUGAUGAAAAAAAUGAAAAUAAAAUUGAACAAGCAAGCUCCUUAAAUGAAGCAAUGCUAAAGCUAUGCAAAUACACAGAUGAUGAUAAAUAUUUUUUAAAGGGAAAAUCUAAUUAUUAUAUAUUAAAAGAAUUUAUUCAGGAAAACUUAGAUGAUAAUCAAAUAAAAAAACAAAAAAUAACUAAAGAACAGGAAAAACGAGAAAAAAUUACAAAUAAAAUAUAUGCUAUACGAUUAUUUAAUUUGAUAGAAAAUCAUAGAGUAUAUUGUCCAUACGUUAUGGAAGAUUUGUAUGGAUUUUCAAAAAUAACAAAACUCUUUUUUGAAUUACUUAUUUCUGAGUUUCAGAGAAUGUACAUGUUUAAAUAA